AUGGAGGCGAGUUUGGGAGGCUCUCGUAGCCGUCGACAUGGGAAGGAGACGAAUCGAUCCGAUCUGUUCAAAAAUCCUAAAAUCCCAUUCGCCUUGGCCUUAAUUAUCGCUGAUGCAGUCCUCGUCACACUUAUCGUCGCCUAUGUUCCAUACACGAAGAUCGAUUGGGAUGCUUAUAUGUCACAGGUAAGUGGAUUUCUCGGGGGAGAGAGAGAGUAUGGGAACUUAAAAGGCGACACAGGGCCGUUGGUUUAUCCAGCGGGCUUCCUCUACGUUUACUCGGCAGUGCAGAGCGUAACUGGAGGAGAAGUCUACCCUGCUCAGAUUCUUUUUGGUCUUCUCUAUAUUGCCAAUCUGGCGAUCGUCUUGUUCAUCUAUGCCAAGACUGAUGUGGUGCCAUGGUGGGCGCUAAGUCUACUCUGUUUGUCCAAGAGAAUGCAUUCCAUCUUUGUUCUCCGCCUCUUUAAUGAUUGUUUUGCCAUGACUCUCUUACAUGCCUCUAUCGCUCUCUUUCUCUUUCGUAAAUGGCAUCUCGGCAUGCUUCUCUUCAGCGGAGCUGUUUCUAUAAAGAUGAAUGUCCUUUUGUAUGCCCCGCCUUUGUUACUUGUGCUACUAAAGGCCAUGAAUAUAAUUGGAGUGGUAUCUGCUUUAGCUGGUGCAGCUCUUCUUCAGAUACUCGUGGGGUUGCCCUUUCUGAUGACAUAUCCGGUUUCAUACAUAGCCAACGCCUUUGAUCUUGGACGUGUUUUUAUUCACUUCUGGUCUGUUAACUUCAAAUUUGUUCCGGAGCGAAUUUUUGUGUCCAAAGAAUUUGCAGUAUGCUUGCUCAUUGCUCACCUCUGUCUCCUUGCCGUAUUUGCAAAUUAUAAAUGGUGCAAGCAUGAAGGCGGGAUUAUAGGGUUCAUGCGUUCGAGGCAUUUUUUCUUGACUCUUCCGUCUUCCCUAUCGUUCAGUGAUGACUCAGCAUCAGGAGUUCUUACAAAAGAACAUAUUGUAACGACUAUGUUUGUUGGGAAUUUCAUUGGUCUUGUAUGUGCUCGUUCUCUGCACUACCAGUUCUACUCAUGGUACUUUUAUUCGCUGCCUUUUCUGCUAUGGAGAACAUCGUUUCCUACUUGGCUGCGCUUGAUCUUGUUCGUGGGUAUCGAGCUGUGCUGGAACGUGUAUCCAUCAACAGCAGUCUCGUCGGCUCUGUUACUGAGUCUACACUUGACCGUCCUAUGGGGUCUCUGGUUUGCUCCGUCAGAUUACCCUUACCAACACAAAGAAGACCAUAAAUCCCAAAGACACAAAAAGAAAGCAUAA